AUGGGCUAUCUAUUGUACUCGGUGUUCUUCGCCUCGAUAGUCCUGGGAACAGCCCUUUAUCUCACGCGCGCCCGAUGGACACCGUACCUACCUGAACGAGUCCAAGAGACCCUCACCUUCACAUAUAGCCGGCUCCCCAGCACCUUCAUGGGAGAUGUCGAAUCCGGCUUCACAUCAGCGGACUUCGACUUGUCAAGCAAUAUCAUGGAAGGCGAUUCUCGCGGCGGCCUCGACCAGAAGGCUAAGCGCGACAUCCAGCGACUGAUGAAGAUCCGGAAGAUUAACUUCGACGAGGCCAGACGGUUGUAUAUGGAGCAGAGGUUCAAGAAGAACGGCAUCGGCGAGGACGGCAUCCCGCGCGACCCGAAGUUUGUUUCGUUUUCGUAA